GAGAGAGACAGACUGACAGACAGACAGACAGAAAGAGAGAGAGACAGGGAGAGAGAGAGACAGAAACAGAGAGACAGAAAGAGAUAAAAAAGAGACGAAGAAAUGCUGCUGUCCUCCUAUUUGACUCUCUGCAUUCUGCUCAGCUGCUCGGUUCUCACUGAAAGUUCAGUGUUCUUGGAGCGGCCGGCAGCAGGUCAGAUCCUGCGCGUGGUGUCCCGGCGGCGCCGAGCCAACUCCUUCUUCCUGGAGGAAAUGUUGCCCGGAGACCUGGAGCGGGAAUGUCACGAAGAGCGCUGCUCGCAGGAAGAGGCCUCCGAGAUCUUCAGGACCACCGAGAAGACGAUGGAGUUCUGGUACAAAUACACUAAUCUGGACCCGUGUCAGACCAAUCCCUGUCAGAACGGAGGCAUCUGCACUCUGGACCGCGGACACUUCCUGUGUCUCUGUUCCCCGCAGUACAGCGGCAAGACCUGCGAAUCAGAGGUGUUGCAGUGUUACUACAGAAACGGACGCUGUAUGCAGUACUGCUCCAACCUGCCGGGGGGCGCUGGAGUUCAGUGUAGCUGCGCUGACGGAUACAAACUGGACCCUGAUGGACGCAGCUGCUCCGAGACUGUGGCGUUCCCCUGUGGCCGACAGCAGCAGUCAGCUCUGUCAUCGUACCAAAGUCGCUCUGACCGAGUCACCAUGGAGAUGGACGCCAUGUUGGACGCCAACAGCACCGAUGGCUGGGCGGCGAUCCUGCAGAACGCAAUGGAGAUGGAGGACGAGCUGCUGGCGAAUCAAACGUCUGCACGGAGCGACAACGGGACGGUGGGGAUGACGCUGCGUAUCGUGGGGGGGGUCCUGGAUAAACCGGGGGGGAGUCCCUGGCAGGUUCUGCUCCGCAGGUCUGAUGGUUAUGGUUUCUGUGGAGGAACUCUGGUUUCCGAUCGUUGGGUCAUCUCUGCUGCUCACUGCCUCGAGGAGACUGUAGACCAUGUGACGAUAGGUGAUUAUGAUAAGCAGCGUCCUGAUCCAGGUGAACAGCUGAUUAAAGUCCAGAAGGUUGUCGUCCAUCCUCACUUCCACUCCUUCACCUUCGACAGCGACAUUGCUCUGCUGUUACUGGCCCAGCCCGUUGCCCGGGGCAACACUGCCAUCCCCGCCUGCCUGCCUGACCCCCACCUCUCCACUUACCUGCUGCAGGCGGGAAACCGCGGUGUGGUGACAGGCUGGGGGCUCACGCAACACCUGGGUCGGUCGUCCCGCUUUCUCAGGAAGGUGACGCUUCCUGUCGUAAGCUACACAGAAUGCAUCGCUUCCACUGAACAGGUGAUAACAGACAACAUGUUCUGUGCCGGGUACCUGUCUGUCUCUCAGGACGCCUGCAGCGGAGACAGCGGUGGUCCGUUCCUGGUCAACUACCGAGGAACCUGGUUCCUGACCGGCGUGGUCAGCUGGGGGGAGAAGUGUGCCGCUGUUGGCAAGUUCGGGGUCUAUACCCGCCUGGGCAACUUCCUGUCCUGGAUCAGAGACACCAUGAGACAGAGAGACAUGGUAGACCCACGUGGGUUUAGGGACACCGUGGACACACCGGGGCUCAGAGACACCGUGGACACACUGGAGCUCAGAGAGACCGUGGACACACUGGGGCUCAGAAAGACCGUGGACACACCGGGGCUCAGAGAGACCGUGGACACACCGGAGCUCAGAGAGACCGUGGACACACCGGGGCUCAGAGAGACCGUGGACACACCGGGGCUCAGAGAGACCGUGGACACACCGGGGCUCAGAGAGACCGUGGACACACCGGAGCUCAGAGAGACCGUGGACACACCGGAGCUCAGAGAGACCGUGGACACACCGGGGCUCAGAGAGACCGUGGACACACCGGAGCUCAGAGAGACCGUGGACACACCGGAGCUCAGAGAGACCGUGGACACACCGGGGCUCAGAGAGACCGUGGACACACCGGGGCUCAGAGAGACCGUGGACACACCGGGGCUCAGAGAGACCGUGGACACACCGGGGCUCAGAGAGACCGUGGACACACCGGAGCUCAGAGAGACCGUGGACACACCGGGGCUCAGAGAGACCGUGGACACACCGGAGCUCAGAGAGACCGUGGACACACCGGGGCUCAGAGAGACCGUGGACACACCGGGGCUCAGAGAGACCGUGGACACACCGGGGCUCAGAGAGACCGUGGACACACCGGGGCUCAGAGAGACCGUGGACACACCGGGGCUCAGAGAGACCGUGGACACACCGGAGCUCAGAGACACCGUAGACCCCGUGGACUCAGGGCUCAGAGAUACCCAUCUUAAAGGGACCGAGAGCCAAAACACAGGAACAAUCAGACCGGAGCUCAGAGACACCGUGGAUCUUUAUGUCUGACAAAAAAUUGACAACAGCAACACAGCAGUGGAGAAGUGGCAGAAACAACAACAAAAAUGUUAAAAAAAGGAACAAAUGAAGUUGUUCUUCUUGACCUUAUGUGUCAAGAACAAACCUCCAGUGGGACCAACCCAACACCACGUAGAGCUGGCACACAAACGCCGAAAAAAGACACAAACGUUGAAGAAAGUGACGUAAACGUCACAGGUUCUGUUCCGUUCACCUUCAUUGAUUGUUUUAUUUAAACUUUUUGUUGCUUUUCGAUCUUUUUUUCGUCACCUUUAGUCACAUUUUUUACAACCUUUCUGCUUUUUAUUCCUGACAUUUUGAACCAUGAACAGACCGGACAAAGACCAUCUGCAGGACAUACAGGAGACAAAGACCAUCUGCAGGACAUACACGAGACAAAGACCAUCUACAGGACAUACAGGAGACAAAGACCAUCUGCAGGA